UAAUGUCAUAACAUUCCUGACAAUGACUUCUGUAAAAUUUCUAGUUAUUUAUUAUGGAUAAAACCGGAUUCGUGGUUGAUGAAGUCUCCGAGGAAUCAUUUUAUCAAAAUUUACUGUUGGGCAUCACAAAAACGUUGGAUGCCAAUCCCUGCGUCAACAACAUUAACUUGAAGAGGAUACGCGGCCUUAAGGACACGGACAUCCGGGCGUGGGAGAGUAACAACGGUGUGCUUCUGUCCGAAGACCUGAGGAACUUCUAUUCGUCCACCAACGGCUUCCUUUACACGUACAACUUUUCGUACGACUGCACGGACGGCUCCGUCAUAGGUGCGUUGGGCAAAAUCGAGAUGAAUCCGUUGGAGAGUCUCGUCAGGACUUACGGCUACGAAACUAAGCCGAAGGCGGAUGUUGAAAAAGUCGACAAUAAAUACAAGCUGUCAUUGUCACGUGAGAGCAAGGUGUUCGAGAUUUCGAAAAUAGACGAGGCGAACAAGGUGGUACUGGUCUAUCUUAAUCAGCACAACCCCGCCAGCAUCUGGUUAUUUUGUUCCCCGUACGCGUUCUACUUCCUGGCCGAAAACUUUACGACUUAUUUCAGGAUGUGCAUCGCCCACCUAGGAAUACCUUACUGGCAGUUCAUCGUGGCGCCCGAAGGAGUGCCGGAAUGGUCCAGGGAGAUCUUCCAGGUGAUCGCACCGGGUGUUUUACAGGAAGACAGGAACUUAAUAGCUGCAUACAAACACGAGCCUGAGGAGCUCAACAGGAUAGAUGUGAGCAUAUUCACGGUACAAAACCAAUUCAUUGAGGUCGAGAACAAGGCGAUGGUCAAAAAGCAAGUGUCGCCGUUGAUGACCAGAAAAAAGCUGAAAAAGUGCACCAAGACCUCCACACACAAUGUCAGGCACAGCAAAAGAACGUGAGGAUCAAAAUGUUGAUUGUAGCUAUUGUGUUUGUCUAAUAAAAGAGUUUCAUUUAUAAUAA